UAACAAUCUUGGACGCUCUGUUUACAUCCUGUGUCAUUGGUCAAAGGUCGACUCGUACCGGCAGCUUGUGAUUGGCUGAUUGUCAAUGUUAUGAAACUUCAUUGGUCGGACGAACACACGCCUUUCGUCCAUCUAACACAACAUAACAAACGACAAGUCAGGUCAUCCAUGUGUGUGUGAUCUGGACAGCAGGAAGCAUGCUAACUGCACAAAGGGCAUGCGCAGCUAUGGCUGCCCGGCGCUUCAUCAGAGCUUCAGUCUCCUCAGCACACACACACACCUGUCAGUUCCACACUGCCACGCCAUGUCAGGACAAGCUGGAGUUGCAUCCUGAGUGGGCCAGCCUGGCUAAGAAGCAGCUGAAGGGCAAGAACCCAGACGAUCUGAUAUGGCGCACGCCUGAGGGAAUCAACAUCAAGCCUGUUUAUACUAAAGCAGACUCGGCCAGUGGUGCUGAUGAAUUGCCAGGAGUGUUUCCCUACACCAGGGGGCCCUACCCCACCAUGUACACCUUCAGACCCUGGACCAUCAGGCAGUAUGCUGGCUUCAGCACUGUAGAGGAGAGCAACAAGUUCUACAAAGAUAACAUCAAAGCUGGACAGCAGGGUCUGUCUGUGGCUUUCGACCUCCCCACUCACCGCGGUUAUGACUCAGACAAUCCCCGAGUCCAUGGAGAUGUUGGCAUGGCUGGAGUUGCCAUAGACACAGUCGAGGACAUGAAAAUGCUGUUUGACGGAAUACCGCUGGAGAAGAUGUCCGUUUCCAUGACAAUGAACGGGGCAGUGAUUCCUGUUCUUGCGAUGUUUAUUGUUACGGGAGAGGAGCAGGGCGUGCCCAAGGCCAAACUAACUGGCACUAUUCAAAAUGACAUCUUGAAGGAGUUCAUGGUGCGCAACACCUAUAUCUUUCCCCCGGAACCUUCCAUGCACGCCAUUGCAGACAUCUUCGCAUACACCUCAAAGCACAUGCCCAAGUUCAAUUCCAUCUCUAUCAGUGGCUACCAUCUUCAGGAGGCUGGCGCAGAUGCAAUCUUGGAAGUGGCCUACACCAUUGCCAAUGGCCUGGAGUAUUGCCGCACAGGCCUCAAAGCAGGCUUAACCAUUGAUGAGUUUGCUCCAAGGUUGUCAUUUUUCUGGGGUAUCGGAAUGAACUUCUACAUGGAAAUUGCUAAGCUGAGGGCAGCCAGGAGGCUGUGGUCCACGCUCCUUAAAGAGAACUUCCAGCCAAAAAACCCAAAGUCUCUUCUUCUUCGCACACAUUGCCAGACUUCGGGCUGGUCGCUCACUGAACAAGAUCCAUACAACAAUGUGGUGCGUACAGUGAUCGAGGCCAUGGCAGCUGUGUUCGGGGGGACCCAGUCGCUCCACACCAACUCAUUUGAUGAAGCCCUGGGCUUGCCCACAGUGAAGAGUGCCCGCAUUGCCAGGAACACCCAGAUUAUCAUCCAAGAAGAGUCAGGCAUCCCCAAAGUGGCAGAUCCCUGGGGGGGCUCACAUAUGAUGGAGUCCCUCACGGAUGAUGUUUAUAACACAGCCAUGAAGUUCAUCAAAGACAUUGAGGACAUGGGGGGCAUGGCCAGAGCUGUGGCAGAGGGCAUUCCUAAACUUCGUAUUGAGGAAUGUGCUGCACGUAGGCAGGCCCGCAUCGACUCAGGUUCGGAGGUCAUUGUCGGGGUGAACAAGUAUCGCCUGGAGAAAGAGGAGACUGUGGAGGUGCUGGCCAUCGAUAACACUAUCGUGCGCCAGAAACAGAUUGACAAACUCAAAAAGGUGAGGGAGAGCCGUGACCCUGAGGCAGUGAAGAAGUGUCUGGCCGCCAUUGAAGAAUGUGCCCGAACCAGGGAGGGCAAUUUGUUAGCCCUGGCUGUAGAGGCAGCUCGAGCCAGAUGUUCCGUUGGAGAGAUAACUGAUGCUAUGAAGGCAGUGUUUGGCGAACACAAGGCCAGUACCAGGAUGGUGAGCGGUGCUUACCGCAGUGAGUUUGGAGAGCAUGAAGAGAUUGCCCUGGCCCACAAUAGGGUUUCAGAGUUUAAGAAGCAUGAGGGCCGUAACCCUCGUCUGCUGGUGGCUAAGAUGGGGCAGGAUGGCCAUGACAGAGGCGCCAAAGUCAUUGCCACAGGAUUUGCUGACCUGGGCUUCGAUGUGGAUAUCGGACCACUGUUCCAGACUCCUCUCGAGGUGGCCCAGCAGGCAGUCGAUGCUGAUGUACACUGUGUCGGCGUCAGUACACUUGCUGCAGGACACAAGACCCUUGUCCCAGAGCUCAUCAAGGAACUAAAGAACCUCAACAGGCCAGACAUCUUGGUCAUCUGCGGAGGUGUCAUCCCACCACAGGACUAUGAGUUCCUGUACCAGAGUGGUGUGUGUUCCAUCUUUGGCCCGGGAACCAGGAUCCCACAAGCUGCAGUGGAGGUCAUCGACAACAUUGAGAAAAGCCUGGAACAGAUCCGUCAGGCCAUGUGAAUACUUUAAGGAAACCAGAACAGCCCUCUACUCAUGCUUUGUUAAUAAUGCAGUUGCAAAUGUGAAAUUCAGACUCUUCAACACAUUCUAAUUGACAGUGUACAGUAGUCAAAAUGGUGAUUAAAAGGCUUUUAAUUUCAGUAUGAAACUUAGAGAAAUCGCUGAAGGGGCCAGUGCCAUUAUUAUCAAUGUUGGAUUCUGUGUCUAUCAGAUUUUUCUCAGUUACUACUACUAUCUUGUCAGUUUGCCUUUUUCAGACAAGCAGCUUCACACAAAUAAAAAAAUCUGUUCACAAGCGGCAUAACAAUGUUUUGUUUGGUACAAUGAACGCUACCACUGAAGAUUUAAUGAAAACAUAGUUUAAUACAAUGUACCAACAUUGAAAUGACCUGUUUUACCUUUUGCUGCAUGACUAUAUAAAUUGCAGUGGUGAGAUUUAAAUUCUUCACGACAGGUUGGUGACAUCCUGCAGUUAUCCUAUAAUUAGCUAAUAAGAGCUCAGAUCUGGUGAAUAGCAUUGAGGGUAAUAAGAAAGAUAUAGUCCUCCUUAAUAGUCAUACAUUUAUUUUGUGUGGAAAACUAAGAGCACAGUAAUGUGUGAUAGAAGUGAGAAUUAGGCUCUGGGUGAUCUAAGCUGAGCACUUUGCUGCCAUCAAAGAUAAGACACUGCACGCCAUGAUAGAUGACUGUACAAUUUGUAAGUUCUUAAUUUCAUUGAACCCUACCAGGGACAAACGAGUGUAAGUGGACUGGAAAUGGACACACUAGAGCUCAGAUCAGAACAACCACCCUGGUACAUUACACUUGCCUUUUAUGUCCAUGGAGAUUGGCAGCUUGAAAGGGGCCUUCUGUUGUUUGAUCUUUUGCUUCACCACUUUGUGUUUUAUUUUUCCUCCUCCUCCUCAGAGAUUAGAUCACUCAGCAUCGAUCAUUACCUGUAGAGCAUUUGGAAGCAGUAUUUUUCUACUUGUGAUUCUGAAUCAUAUUUGUCUCUGGACUUGAAUAAUAAAGUGAAAAUAUGUCUCAGUUC